AUGGCAUCUGCGACACCGGUUUCCACAGAACAAGCGCCUCCAAGGCCUCUGUCGUUCGCCAAGGUCGCGGCUUCCGCCAUAAAGCCUCAGAUGUCGAAGGAUUCCGCUCCGAAAGCGAGACCGCCUGUCGCGACACCCAAAAUACCCCCAGUCGCCCAGAAGGCGCGCGCCACACCCAUGCAUGGCGAAGUAGCACCCAAAAUACUUGCGGAAAGGCGAGAGGAUAUCGAUGCGAGCAGCAGCGCUGAAAAUGCCAUAUCGCAGCCCGCGCAACAGACAGGUCAUGCUGAGCUUUCAGAAACACGCUCCACGGAUGCAAAAGGAGAUGUCCCCGACAGGCCUCAGUCUGCGGCUGUGGUAAAGGUGUCUGUCACCGAGGACAGCAGCACUCAGCUAUCUUCAUCAGAUGGAUCUGGGAAACCUCCCAGCAUUGAUGGAAAGAGCGUUGCUUCUGCGACAACAUUUGCACUGGACGAGAAGGAGUCCUUACGCCCGGAUGACAGUGCUAGCCUCAGGGCAGUCGAGGAAGAGGACGUCACGUCCCCGCCUGACUCGGUCGUUGCAGACUCCAGACAGGGGUCUGAUCAUGGCGCUGCGCGUGCCUUUCGGGACCAGUUACAUGAAAUAGCUGUGAUGAAUCCUCAACCCCAUCGAGGGGUUCCCGCAGGUCGGUUUCCGACGCUACCCAAUGGUCCGCAAACAUUGUACGACCCUAACCAGUCGCUGAACGGCGCGGGGCCCAUGCCACAGCCUCUUGUCAACGGCAUGCCUUCACUGAAUGGUGUUCCAAACAUGCCCGCCAUUCCAGACGAGAAGUUGCUCGAGGCGCUACGGUCUCCACGUGAUCGGCUGUUCGUUGUGAAGAUAGAACAAGACUUCAUUGAUUUCAUCAAAGACUCUCGUCCUCCCCCCGUUUCACAGAUGGUAGAUCCCGCCAAGGGCACCAAUACACCUCCCGUAGAGCUCCCUGCUCGGAAGAUCAUGCGUCGCGACGAUGGCAAAUCAGGUACAAACACUGGGGCUAACUCGCAGAAUGCCUCGAAGACGACCUCUGAAAUGGGUGGCAGCGAGGGCAGCAACGAUGGUGAAGGCAACAAAGACAAAGCCGCUCUAUCCAGAGAGGAGCGAGAGGCGCGAUAUCGUGAGGCUCGUCAGCGCAUAUUUGGUAGUGCGGAAAGUGAAGAGCCCGGCACGGCCGAAGCCAACGGAUCUGGAGAGGACAAAGAAAAAGGGAAGGACAUCUCACGAUCAAGUUCAGCUGCCGGGAAGAAGAAACUCAAGAAGCAGCGUAACUACGACGACGACGACUUCCAGGCUCGGUCCCGCUUCAAUGUUUACUAUCCGCAACAGUACCCUGUGGCUACAUAUACUGGAGACAAUGCGGUCUACUACAACGGCUACCCAGCACCUGCCCAGAACGCGCCGUAUGCGACUAUGAACCCUGGCGCAUCGCCUCCGGCAACAUACAGCAACCCGUAUCCGGGCAUGAUGCCCCCGGAAGCGCAGUCACAGUAUGGCUGGGCUGGUCAGCAGUACCAGGCUCCCAAUGGGUCGAUGAUGACGUACCCUAAUUAUGGACAGAUGCCGAAUGGGUAUGAUCUAUCAACGGACUUCCAGCGGGGUAUGUCAUCGUUCCAGAACGCUGGUAUGCCCUCCCAGGUCACCCCAAAGAUGGCCAAUCCACAGAUGGCGUCUUACCAAGAUACCUAUCAGCAACCUCAACAUAUGCCUAUGAACUCAGGCUGGUCUCAACCAAACCAGCAGCCAUCAUUCCAUAUGGGUCAAGGCGCAUAUGGUGCCCAAAAUGGUCCCGGCAACCGGCCAAUGUCCGCACCUCACCAGGCACCUAUGCCUGGCUACCCAUAUGGACAGUUCGCCUCAAAUGCGUACAACGGAAAGCCCAACCGCAACCAGCACCCUCUUCCUGGAAGUUAUAACCGGGGUCAGUUCAACCCGCAAACCCAAGCUUUUGUGCCCGGUGGACGUAACAUGCCCUUUGGAAUGCAACAAAACAUGAUGCAGGGACAGCCUCAGAUGAACGGCUAUGGUGGAUACCAAAUGUCUGCCCAGGCUUCUAUGCCUGGACAGAUGUCAAGACCUAACCCUUCCGCUGUCUCCACACCGCCGUUUGGGUCGCCUCAAAGUAUGCAGGGAAACAACUCAGCCGUAUCCAUGAACCGAACUGCUUCUCAGUCUGGUGACCCGGGUUCAUCCCAAAGCAGCAUCGCAAAGUAUGGUACACCUUCACAUCUACCUCGAAAGCCUCCAGCUCCUGCACCGGCCCCACCGUUUGCGCUACCCUCUAUGACGCGAGUACCGUCAUCAGGGAUUGCUAACAACGCUCCUGCCAUGCCCAAUCGAGGCAUGUCGGGCACCUUCAACAACACGACGAACCCUAAUUAA